AUGUACUUUUCCAUUCCGGAUACAACAGAUAUAUCUGCUAAAAGAAGUAGUAAUCAACAUGCUUUUACAUUAUUCAAUAUUCAUGUAAAUGGUAAUCAUCAUUGUAGUUUACGUUAUUCUCAAUUACGUGCAUUUAAUGAUGAACUUCAACGUUUAUUUCCAGUUUCAAUGAUAAAUAUUCAACCAUUUCCACCUAAAAAAUUUUUUAAUUUAUCAUUACGUGAAAUAGAUGAACGACGUAUAUUACUUGAACGGUAUUUACAAUCUGUCGUACAACAUAAAUCUCUUAUAUCAUCAUCAUAUUUUGAUGAUUUUUUUUUAAAUGCUCAACGUGAAACAUUUCUAAGUGAAUUAGUUAAUAAAACAUAUUCUGAAAAAAUUAAUUUUACAAUUUAUUUAUUAAAUCAACAUAAAAUAAUUAUUGAAAAUCUUUCACCAUAUGAUAAUACAUCAAAAUUAUUUGAUGCAUGUGCAAAUAAAAUUCAAUUAGAAAAUGAAUAUUUAUCAUAUUUUUCAUUAUUUUUUUAUGAACUUAAAAAUAAUCAAUUAAAUAUUAUUCGACCAUUAUUUUCUUUUGAAUCUCCAUAUUUAUCAUUAGAAAAAGCAUUAAAAUUAAAUGAAAAUUAUUGUAUCGUAUUUAAAAAAACUUAUUGGAAUUUAAAUUAUGAUUUUAAAUUAAUUGAUAAUCGUCGUACACGUAAUCUACUUUUUAUACAAUCACAAUAUGAUAUUGAACAAAGUGAAGAUUUAUAUCCAAGUGAUAUAUAUCAACAAUUAAAUAUUUUAUAUGAGAAUAAUUCAUUUAAAGAAUAUAUUUUAUUAUCACGUACAUCUAAAUUUUAUGGUUAUAUUAUACUUCAACAAUGCUCAAUAAAUGAUUUAAUAACAGAAAAACUCUCUCAAUGUAUAUUAACUAUUGGAAAUAAUGAAUUACUUUGUUGCAUAAUUAAUGAUGAUAAGAAAAACACUAAUUUAUUUACGAAAGAAUUUUCUUUUAAAGUUACACGUAUUCGUUGUUGGAAAGUUAAUUGUGCAAAACAAAAUGUCAAUAUAGCAUUUGAAUAUUUAAUUAAAAAAGAUACUUUACAAUGGAUUAUUAUAUAUACAGAACAAGCAGCUUUAGUUAGUACCUGUUUACAAAGUAUGGUUGAUGAAAUAUUAGCAAAUAAAGUUGUUACAACUAGUUCAAUAUCAAUAUCUGAUUCAUCGAAUAAUCGAUCUAAUAUUACAAAUGGUCUUACAACACGUACAAAAUCAGAUUUAGAUCGUUUAAAUAAUAAUGAAUUAUUUGAUAAAGGUGAUGGAGAUGAUGAUCUGUAG